AUGUCCCUCACGGAAGAGCAGCUCGGCCGGGCCCUCGACCACAUCAAGUAUCCCAAGGCCAAGCAUGCCACCGAUCCCCUCCGUUGCCUGCACCAGCUGAUGCUCCGUCACAUCGCUUGCGUGCCCUUUGAGAAUGUCGGCAUCCACUACAACCCGACGCACCAGCUGUCGCUCGAGCUCGACGACCUGUUUGACAAGAUUGUCGUGCGAAGCAAGGGCGGCUACUGCGUGGAGCUGAAUGCCUUUUUCGCCGCCAUCCUGCGCGGCCUCGGCUACAAGGUGCUGACCGUUGGCGGCCGCGUGCGCGCAGGCGCGGAAAAGUACACUGGCUGGUCUCACAUGUGCCUCAUUGUCACGAUAGACGGCGUCAAGUACGUCGCCGACGUUGGCUACGGCGGCGACGCCGCCAUGCAGCCCAUCCCACUCGUCUCCGGCACCGAGUUCACGGUGCUGGCCCCGCGCCGCGGCCGGCUCGAGUACCGGAACAUUGACAUGCACACGGACCCGACGCAGCGGCUGUGGGUGUACUCGACGCGGGACUCGCUCGACGGCUCGGCGCCGUGGGUCGAGCAGAACUGCUUCGCCGAGCUCGAGUACUUCUUCAACGACUACUACCAGGUCAACUACUACACCAGCACCAACCCGCGCAGCUUCUUCAUGGCCCAGCUGCUGGCCAUGCGCGCGCUGCUGGAAGAGGACACGCGGCCGGGCCGUGAGGGGGACGUGCGGCUCGCAGGCAUCCUGACCUAUUUCAGAGGAGAGGUCCGCCGCAGGUCGGAGGGCAGCAUGGAGAGGCAGGUGCUGGCCACGGUGACGACGGAGGCGGAGAGGGUCGCGGCGCUGGAGAAGUGGUUUGGGAUCCCGCUGACGGAAGCGGACCGCCAGAGCAUCUUUUCUACAGGGCUGGCGCUGGACAAGAAUCCAGAAAUAUAA